ACUCCCAAAAAUCCUCUCUUUCAUUUUUCUUGGUAUGCAUCAUACAUGAAUGCACCUCUCGUGCAUACAUGAAUGCACCUCUCUUCAGUCCAAUCAAAUCCUGCCCGAUUCUUGACAUAUUUUUAGCAAUAUUUCAAUAACAAGAACUCCCAAAAAUCCUCUCUUUCAUUUUUCUUGGUAUGCAUCAUACAUGAAUGCACCUCUCUUCAGUCCAAUCAAAUCCUGCCCGAUUCUUGACAUAUUUUUAGCACUAUUUCAAUAACAAGAACUCCCAAAAAUCCUCUCUUUCAUUUUUCUUGCAGGUAUGCAUCAUACAUAAAUGCACCUCUGUUCAGUCCAAUCAAAUCCUGCCUGAUUCUUGACAUAUUUUUAGCACUAUUUCAAUAACAAGAACUCCAAAAAACCCACAGCCGCCAAACUACCAAAGAGUUAGGCUAUGGAAAACCCUUUAGAAAACACUAAUCAAAUCAGAAACCGCGGCCAAAGGUUCAACGUUGUACAAAAAGUGAAGAACAACUUACUUUUCAGAUCAAAGUGGGCGGAGAUAAAUGGUGCAAUGGGGGAUCUAGGCACUUACAUUCCUAUAAUAUUGGCUUUGACACUAGCCAAGGACCUGAAUCUUGGUACCACGCUGAUAUUCACUGGUGUAUACAACUUUGUCACAGGUGCAAUCUAUGGUGUCCCCAUGCCAGUGCAGCCGAUGAAGUCAAUUGCAGCAGUGGCCAUCUCUGAUGCAGAUUUUAAUAUCCCAGAAGUUAUGGCAUCAGGGAUUUGCACUGCAGGGAUUUUACUUGUUCUUGGUGUGACAGGCUUGAUGCAACUUGUGUAUAAGCUUAUUCCAAUUUCAAUUGUCAGAGGAAUUCAGCUAGCACAAGGCUUAUCAUUUGCCAUGACUGCGGUCAAGUACAUAAGAAAAGUACAAAACUUAUCUAAAUCAAAGUCUGGUGCAGACAGGCAUUGGGUUGGCUUGGAUGGAUUGCUCUUGGCUAUUAUUUGUGCUUGUUUCAUUAUAGUUGUUAACGGUGCUGGCGAUGACAACGAGUAUGCAGCAGAAACUGAGAGCGGUGCCAAUGAUGCCAGUGGAUCAGGAAACAACAGAAGAAAAAGGUUGAGAAAAAUCAUAACUUCUCUGCCUUCUGCUUUCAUCAUCUUUUUGUUAGGUGUGGUUUUGGCAAUUAGUAGAGGGCCUAAAGCAGUCAAAGGAUUUAAAUUUGGACCAUCUCCUAUUGAAGUUGUGAAAAUGUCCAAGCAUGCAUGGAAGGAAGGAUUCAUUAAGGGCACAAUUCCUCAACUUCCACUAUCAAUUCUAAAUUCAGUGAUUGCUGUCUGUAAAUUGUCGACUGAUCUUUUUCCAGAGAAGGACACCUCAGUCACGUCUGUUUCAAUUACUGUUGGAAUGAUGAACUUAAUAGGAUGUUGGUUUGGAGCCAUGCCAUGCUGCCACGGUGCAGGAGGGCUAGCUGGACAGUAUAAAUUUGGUGGGAGGAGUGGUGGAUGUGUGGCCCUCCUUGGUUUAGCCAAGUUGGUUUUGGGUUUAGUUUUAGGUAGCUCUCUAGUGAAGAUUUUGGACCAAUUUCCUGUUGGUGUCCUAGGGGUUCUGUUAUUGUUUGCAGGGAUUGAACUUGCUAUUUGCUCAAGGGACAUGAACUCGAAGGAAGAUGCAUUUGUCAUGCUGAUUUGCACUGCUGUUUCACUGGUAGGCUCUAGUGCAGCACUCGGUUUCCUGUGUGGAAUUGUUGUUUAUUUGCUUCUCAGGCUAAGAAAACUGUAUGGUGGUCAGUCUUCUUCUGCAAUUUGCUUUCAUGGUAACCCAUAAUUGAGGUCUCAAUGCAAAAUCCUGG